AUGGUUUUUAUGAUGGUGAUGAGCGCUCUACAGCGGCAAAUCUUAGGAAGAAAAGGUUUGCCUCCUAUUGGCGAAGCGGACCAAUAUGUGGCACAUGAAAACGCAAGUACAUCGGAAUCAUUAUAUUCGCUGAAGAGACAUCCAGUUGAUGUCAGUCCACUUCAUUGGGAUGCAUUUUUUGACAAGAAAGACAUUUUGGAAAUUGAGGAUGAUUCAUUCUGUGUGUACAGCAAGGGGGACAGUGGACCUGUUUUUUACCUUCUGCAUGGUGGUGGUUAUUCUGGUUUGACGUGGGCGUGUUUUGCGGACUCCCUUAGCAAAGAAAUUGAUUGUCGUAUCUUAGCGCCUGAUCUUCGUGGCCAUGGUGAAACCGAAUGUAAAGAUGAAACUGAUCUAUCGGUCGAAAGACAGGUCAAUGAUGUAAUCAACAUCCACAAAACAUUUUUUAAAAAUGAAAAUGUCCCGACAGUCUUAGUUGGUCAUAGCAUGGGUGGGGCCUUAGCUGUCCACGCUGCAGCAUUAAAUCAGUUACACACUGCAGCUGCAUUAUGUGUCAUCGACGUCGUUGAAGGAAGUGCGAUGGAAGCGCUAAGUAGGAUGCGUCCAUUCUUGAGUUCAAGACCUCAAGAUUUUUCUUCAGUUGAAGCAGCUAUCCAUUGGUGCUUACAAACAAAGACGGCAAAAAAUGUAAAAGCUGCGCGGAUUUCAAUGCCCUCACAGAUCAGAGAAAAAUACGUCUGGCGAAUCGACCUUGCAAAAACGGAGGGUCAUUGGCUGGGUUGGUUCAAAGGCCUUUCAAAACUAUUUCUGAGUUGUUCCGUACCAAAAAUACUGGUUCUAGCUGGAGUGGACAGGCUGGACACUGAGCUCACGGUAGGCCAAAUGCAAGGGAAAUUCCAAAACACCAUCCUACCCAAGGUUGGGCAUGCGGUCCAGGAGGACUCUCCCGAAAAGCUGGCGGAUGUUCUUGCUAAAUUUGUAAUUCGUUUUCGAAUAUGCGGUCACAAAUGA